CCUGCGUGCCCUCGGUGACGCCCCACACUUUCCCAGCAUGCAGCGGGGUGAUGUCUGAGGAAAGAUGGCGGAAGGAGGAGCGGCUGAUCUGGAUACCCAGAGAGGAGAGGUCGCGGCACUAUUGAAAACACAGCUAAGAAAAGGAGACACAUGGUACCUGGUGGACAGUCACUGGUUCAAACAGUGGAAGAAGUAUGUGGGAUAUGACAGCUGGGACAAGUACCAGAUGGGAGACCAGAAUGUCUACCCAGGACCAGUGGAUAACUCUGGUCUGCUCAGAGAUGGGGACGUGCUGGCCAUCAAGGAGCACCUUAUUGAUGAGCUGGACUACAUCCUGGUCCCGACAGAGGGCUGGAAUAAGCUGGUCAGCUGGUAUGGAUUGACAGACUGUCAGGAGCCAAUUGCACGCAAGGUGGUGGAGCAGGGUAUGUUUGUGAAGCACUGCAAGGUGGAGGUGUACCUGACGGAACUGAAGCUCUGUGAAGACAGCAACAUGGACAACGUGGUCACCAGACGCUUCAGCAAAGCAGACACAAUAGACAUGAUAGAGAAGGACAUGAGGAAGCUGUUCAGCAUCGCUGAUGAGAAGGAGACCAGGCUGUGGAACAGGUACAUGAGCAACACCUUCGAGCCUCUCAACAAGCCCGACAGCACCAUUCAAGACGCCGGCCUCUACCAAGGACAGGUUCUUGUAAUAGAGCAGAAGAAUGAGGAUGGCUCAUGGCCCAGAGGCUCCACGGCGCCAAAGUCAUCUGGUGCUUCCAAUCUCUCUGCUUUGCCAAAGAUCUCGCCUUCAUCUCUCACAAACAAUCAUAACAGCAGCUUCAACAGCAGGAAUGUGAAGAAUUCAAGCUACAGUCUCCCGUCCUACCACCCCUACAGCAACAGCUAUGACUACUCAGACCAGAGCAGGCAGAGCGAGCGCUCGGGCCUCUGUGGACUCUCCAACCUGGGCAACACCUGUUUCAUGAACUCUGCAGUGCAGUGUUUAAGCAAUAUCCCCCCACUGACGGACUACUUCCUCAAAGACAAGUACACGGAGGAGCUGAACGAGGACAACCCGCUGGGCAUGAAGGGGGAAAUCGCCCGAGCCUAUGCAGAGCUUAUCAAACAGCUGUGGUCGGGCAAAUACAGCUAUGUAACUCCAAGGCCUUUCAAGACACAGGUGGGCCGUUUCGCCCCCCAGUUUUCGGGCUACCAACAGCAGGACUCUCAUGAGCUGCUGGCCUUUCUAUUGGACGGUCUCCAUGAGGACUUGAAUCGCAUCCGGAAGAAGCCUUACAUCCAGCUGAAGGACGCAAACGGCAGGCCUGAUAAAGUGGUGGCGGAGGAGGCGUGGGAGAACCACAUCAAGAGAAACGACUCCAUCAUCGUGGACAUCUUCCACGGCCUUUUCAAGUCCACCCUGGUGUGUCCUGUGUGCUCCAAGGUUUCCGUGACCUUCGACCCUUUCUGCUACUUGACUCUGCCCCUUCCCAUGAAGAAGGAGCGGACGCUGGAGGUCUACCUGGUCCGACUGGACGCUCUAGCCAAACCCACACAGUAUAAGCUGACAGUGCCAAAGGUGGGCUACAUCUCUGACCUGUGUACCUCCCUCUCCAACCUGUCGGGGGUGCAUGCCGAGAAGAUGAUUGUAACCGACAUCUACAACCACCGCUUCCACCGGAUCUUCGCCACCAACGAAAACCUCAGCAGCAUCAUGGAGAGAGACGACAUCUAUGUGUUCGAGUUGGCGGUGAACAGGAUGGAGGACACGGACCACGUGGUGAUCCCGGUGCACUUGAGGGAAAAGUACAAGCAGUCGGGCUACAAUCACAGCAGCACGCCGCUGUUUGGACAACCCUUUCUCAUCGCCGUCCCCAGAACCCUGAGUGAAGACAAGCUCUACAACAUGCUCCUCCUGCGCCUCUGCCGGUUUGUGCGAUCUUCAGUGGAAGAGGAGGAGGAGGAUUGUGAAGAGACGCAGCCAACCAAACAACACACUGUAAAUGGAAACGCCACUAACGGACUGCUGGAGGAGGGGUCACCGAGCGAGAUGGAGACAGACGAGCAGGACGACGAGUCCAGCCAGGAUCAAGAGCUGCCGUCCGAGAAUGACAACAGCCAAUCGGAGGACUCUGUGGGCGGAGACAACGAGCUGGAGAACGGAGUGGGUGGUCCACAGAACUCCACCAAAGGCCAGCAGACACCGGGGCACAACAGAAAGAGACUUUUUACAUUCCAGUUCAAUAACAUGGGAAAAACAGACUUCUCGCUCAUCAAGGAGGACACCAGGCAGAUCCGCUUCGACGAGGGACACCUUCGACUCAGUGAUCGCUCUUAUCUCUCCUUGGACUGGGAACCAGAGAUCAAGAAGAAGUACUUUGAUGAGACUGUUGUGGAGGAUUUCCACAAGCAUGAGAGCAUGGAGUACAAGCCUCAGAAGAAAGCUUUCUUCAAGCUGAAGGACUGCAUCGAGCUCUUCACCACCAUGGAGAAACUGGGAGCAGAGGACCCAUGGUACUGUCCAAGCUGUAAGGAGCACCAACAGGCCACAAAGAAGCUGGACCUGUGGUCUCUGCCGCCCGUGCUGGUGGUCCACCUGAAACGGUUCUCCUACAGCCGUUAUAUGAGAGAUAAACUGGACUCCCUUGUUGAUUUUCCACUCAGAGAUCUGGACAUGUCUGAGUUCCUGAUCAACCCCAACGCCGGGCCAUGCCACUAUGACCUCAUCGCUGUGUCCAACCACUACGGCGGGAUGGGUGGAGGCCACUACACUGCUUACGCCAAGAACAAAGAUGAUGGAAAGUGGUACAAUUUUGAUGACAGCAGCGUGGCUCCUGCCAACGAAGAUCAAAUAGUGUCCAAAGCAGGCUAUGUGCUGUUCUACCAGCGUCAGGAUACAGUGAAAGGCACCGGCUACUUCGCUUUGGACCGCGAGGAAGAGGAGGAGGAUGAAGAGGAGGAGGAAGGAGAGGAAGAGGAAAACGACGGCGAUGAAAGGCAGGAGAGAAAGGCGGCUGCCGCCUCCUCCUCCUCCUCUCAGGGUGCUGCCUCCGCCGCUGCCGGCGCCGCUGCAGCUCAGAGCGACGAGGAGGACCUGAACGAGAACCGUCGCAGGAAGAACGACAACGAGCAGCAGGAGCAGGAGCAGGAGGAGGAAGAGGAAGAAGAAGAAGAGGAGGAGGAAGAGGAGGAGGAGGAGCAGGCGCCAAAUCGAGACGUCCCUAUGAAAACCAAUUGAGGGAAAACAGGGACAGAAAUAAAUGGAGAGAGAGAGACUAGGAUCUUUCCAGCCAAAGCCAUAUGGACACACAGCAUGGCAGCGGGCGCCACCGGUCCCACCCAGUGGCUCGGACCUGACCGCUCGACAGGCGGAGUCACUGCUGGGGAGAACAGCUGACAGGGUGAGGAGCGGCCGGGAGUGCGCAAACUCUAAGAAUCAGGGCCCUCCUCUGUGGUUGGAUCACUGUGUGGGUGUGUGUGUGUGUGUGUGUCAAGUGUGUAAGUGUGUCGCCACGUCCAUUUGUUUAGGAUUUGCUCACCUGCUCUCAGAAAAGACUGAACACUGAAAAACACCGGGGGAAUGAUUUUGAGUUUGGGGAAAUCACCCUCUAGCUUUCUGUGUUCAUCUGUCGUUUUUUUUAUAUCCUUUUUGAGACCGAUCAUCGUCAGCAUAUCGUUUUAUCAUUUAGAAACUUGUAAAUAUUUUUAACACUGAACUAUAUCAGGUUCCCAUGAUGCGCUGAAACGUUUUGAACUUGCACAAUCACCAACCAUCCACUUUUUUUUUUAUGUGUUGUUGCCAGGCAAACUGCAAUUAUUAACGAGGUUUCCUCUCUGAGGGUUUUCUCACAUGAAGCUUAGGAAGACGCCUUCAGCGGGCCAGUGGUGAGACGCGUCUGCAGUCCAGACUGAACGUCGCGAAACGAUGCUCAUAGUCGUGUGGUGUUAUAAACAGCCUAACUCCUUAGCUUUGUAUUGCUGCUGCUGCUGCUGCUGUUGUGAUCUUGCAUUUUUUUAGACUGUUUAUUAGAGUAAUGGCAUGAACCUCAGCGAUUUAAGCUCCUGCUUCUUCUGCUGCCUCUCUCUGGUUCUCUCUGUUGAUCAUUUCUUUUUCUUUCCUAUAUAAAUCUAAAUCAAGAAGUUACACGGGACUUCCACCAGAUCCGUGUACUGGUCUGUCUCCGAUCCGCUGCGGUCCAGCUCCGUGCUCUCUCUUCGUCAACACCCACUGGUUGCGUUUCUGAACGGAGCAGGAGUGCCGGACAACUGGAGUCAAGUAACCGAGGUUUUCCCACGGCAAUCACUGAAACAAGGAUUCUCCUCCUCCUCUCCUCAUCCAUGUUGUCUUUAUGGUCCUCUGAAAACCUCUGUCUGGUUGACUCCAGGCCUGCCUACGGUUGAAAUGACAUUUUUUUUGUCAUAGUUAAGCUAAAAAUGAUCUGGUGAUAACACAGAGUGUUUUAUUCUGAAAAUUAACCAGGUUUUUAUUUUGUUUUGGUGCCUGACUUCCUGUCGCGUUCCAUCUGCUCUGUUGAGAUUGAUGCGUCGUGCUCCGGCAUCCGGCAAAAAUAGAAGUCCGUUGCGUUCAGACCUGCCAGAUCAGAGACGCAGCCGGAACGCAACGGAGCGGAUCCAGUGGAAGUUAACAGAUUGACUCGAAUAGAAACCUAUCAGAUCAGUUGCCGUGACGGAUCUGAGACGGACCUGAGACGGACCUGGUGGAAUUUGGCCUUUAUUCAGCCACUGUGCAAAAAAAUCCUAACUUCAGAUUAUGUUCUAAAAAUGUUCAAAUCCAGCUGCACUCCCUCUUAAUCAGAGUGUGCACGACGGAUGGCGACAAGUAUCCGUUUUCACGUUCGCUCACAAACCCUUACGCCACGUCUCCUCUUCCACCCUCCCAUCUUGAGUUCUUCAUCGCUGGCGUUUAAAAGCUUUAAACAUGCCUCCACGCUCUCUGUCUCCUCCUCAUCUUCGAGGCGCUGUGAGAUUAGAAACAUGGGUGAUUCCGCUGACAUCAGAUGUGUCAUCUCUUGUUUGCAUCACCGCAGCCUUAAACUCUUAAUCUCAGACCAGUCGCCUUUUCUUUGCACAUGAUGAUCACCCCCGUCUUUUCUCUCACGGCCCCCCCUUUCACACACACCAAAAUCCUUGCGUACGAAUGUCCAUUUUUUUUUUCUGCUCGUGACAUCAGAGACAGUUCAUUUGAACCCACAGGAGGGCCAGAAUGUAUGCUGAAUGGAAUGAACACUGACCAGAUGUAUGUGGUUGAUGCCUUUUUGAUUCUUAAUAGGGCCAGAUUAGCUUUUAUUUUCUUUUGUUUUCAUCCUUUUCCUGGUUUAGUUGAAUGUGAUGGUAAAGGGUCUUUCGCCUUUGAUAUUAGCUGUAUGAAAUCAUGGGUACUGCUGAAUGCGUCCCUUACUGGAGGGGGGGGAGGGGGUGGGAAAUAUGUUUCUUUGUGGUCCUGAGCUUUGAGGAUGGGGAGGGACAAAACAAAAAAACUACGGGGUGAGUCCGCCUAAAAGGCCGUUCAGCUUUUGGGAUCAUGAUACAGUGAAAAUAUUUUGUGGCACAUUGUUGCAGGGUCGAUGUAACUCAUGAUAAAACUCUAUUCUCCAUGGUGGAGUGUUAUGCUUUCUUUUUCUACCUGUUCUUUCCAUUGUAAACAGCAUUAGCGCAGCUGUUGUUGCCUCAGAAUAUUCGAUGUGUACCAUGCCUUUUAUGAGCAUCUCUGUGCUUUUGACUUUCAGCGGGCUUCACCGCCUCAGCGCUGCCUUGCUUUUUGGGCGACUCACCCCCAAACCUGACUGAGUGAGAUGUGAUUGCUACUAUAGGCUUAUACAAUACUGUACAUAAGAGUUCACUCUGUGAGUGCACAUUUGAUAAAGUUUAUUUAUUUAUAUGUAAGCAUUUAAUAAUAAACAGACAAUAUAUUUAAGACUUUGCAAGACCUGAAAUGUCCAAGUGGGAGGGGCUGGGGUGUCGGGUCGGGUGGGGUGGGGUGGGGGGGGGGGGUUGCGUCGUGUGGCUCAAGUCCACACAUAAACACUAGUUUGCAAAGUCUUGCCUGUGCUCUUGUCAGGGAGGGAAUAUUUUUAAAAGAAGGAUGAUUCUGUUGUUUUGGGACUUUUUUUGUAAAAAUAAUCCAGACAUCCUUGCAUGAUGACAUAACGGGGGUUUCCAGGUUUGGCUGCACUUGAGUUCACUUGGGUUUACAUUUGAAAUGUGCAUGUGUAUUUAUACACAAUCUUCAAUAAAGUUGUGUAAAGCUUC